GACAGAGCAGCAGAACGUGCUAGAACUAGCACGAUAUUUACAAAUUACAACCCCUGCAUUUUCAUUAGUCCAGUUCAGUUAUUCAUCAUAAUUCAUUUUACCAUCAAAAAUCAAAUUCCAUUCAGAUUCAAUUAAAGCGAAAAGUGUCAGAAAAACGAACCCUUUUUUAUUUGAUAUGACACAUUAAUAAUUGUUAUAGUUAGGAUAUAGAAAUAGAGAAUAAUAAUAAAAGAAAAAGAAAAGAAGAGAAAGAUCAUAUGAUGGACUCAGAAAUGGUGGAAGCAGAGGCAUCAUCAUCGCAGCCUCAGCCGCAGGCAUCGAGUUCCGGCCAGAACGGCGUCGUUCGCGAUUUGCUCACAUUGGCUCGUCAGCUCAUCACUCAAGGCAAACCUUCCCAGGCCCUCCAAGCUGUGGUUGUAGCAAUGAAGACUAAAGGUGGUGAUGAAGCUGUUUUUCAUUCCUUGCAUCGUGCCCGCGAGGUGUAUAGAAGUAGACUGCAAGAGAAUGCUGCAGUUGAUCAACUGGCUUCUCUGUUUGCUGAGUGUGCCAUUGCUGAAGCUGAGCCUGUAGUGAUCGAACCACCUGCCAAUAACAUUACCACCCCCUCAAUUAGUCCAGAACCUGAUGCUCAUGGGACUUCCAUACUGGCAGAAAGUGGCAGGAUGCAAGUAGUGUUGGAUGCGGUCUCUGAUGGAAGCAGCUUCAUCUGUUUGAAGUGUGGAGGCCUUGUUAGUAACCAUCGCAAAGACGAGCACUAUGCAUACUGGUGUUGUUAAGGUUGCCUAUCUUCCAUGGUGAUGCUACGUUUUUAUGUGCAUCGUUAAGAUGGACUGAUGGAAUGAGCGAACUUCUUAGUUCUGUCUGCCUUAUACUUUGAUCUUUGGAAAAAUCAUGCUACUGUCAUAGUGGAAAGAGCUGCCAAACUUUGUCAAUUGAAGACUUCAAUGCUGUAAACCAUACCAAUCAAUACAGAAUUGUAUGAGUAACACUUGGGAUGUCUAUGUUGAUUCCAAUGUGUUGGUUACUAUUUGGGCCAACAGUACCUUAUGUAAUUUUUGGGAUAUUUUUUGCGUUUCUUUUGAGUUGAUAUGUUUAAAUAAUAAAUUACAAAAAUAAUACUUUAUUUUCAA